AUGACGCAGAAACAGGAGCCGGUGCCAAUGCGACCCUACUGUGGCUCCCACCCACGUCAGUGCAUCGACCAAAACCCACUACGGGGCAGAAUGCGGAUCAGAAAUGGAACAGACGACUCGAGCCGAUUGCGAAAGAUCACAAAACCACUGAUGGAGAAGAAAAGGCGAGAACGAAUAAACAUGGCGUUGGAGGCUCUGAAGCGAUUCGUCGCUGAGCCAAUUCUAAAAGAGGGGGCGCAGAAACUGGAAAAAGCUGAUAUUCUCGACCUCACAGUCAAAUACGUGUAUUCCUGCGCGAGACGUAAGUCCAGAAGUGGAUUUUAUGUGGGUAUGUGCGUAUCCGAAACCCCAUUGGCUCCACAAGCUCCUCGCGAGCUACGUGACCGCGAAUCCCCAGCCAAGACAGUCGGUCAAAUUAGCACAUUAAUUUCUUCGGUGGCAAUUGUCGCCAGUCUAGUAAUCAGCAAUUCGACUGCAGCGGCGACGUGGCCGAGCCAAGCACCGUGGCUCAGCUUCCUGGCCGGCUACGCGGCCUGCGAGGCCAACCUGCACAGCCUCCUGGUGGCCGCGGCCGGCGCGUCGCGGCCACAAGCCGGCCUCUCGCCUCGCGAGAUGUCCCUCCUCGUGGCGCUGGACGGCCGCAAGAACGCCGCCGCCACGAGCUUCCUUGCGGCCUUGGCAGCGCCGUCCACGUCGCAGACCACUCCGCCCGCGGCGCAUCUCCAGUCCGAAGGCGAACCAACGCACCCACCCCAGCCUCCGCGUGUUUGGCGACCGUGGUAA